AUGGCAGAGGAGCACAGCGAGCUGGAGGAGCGGAUCAUCAUCAAGGACCAGCACACCAAGGAGAUCGACCUGGUCAACAGAGACCCCAAGCACAUCAACGAGGACGUGGUGAAGGUGGAUUUUGAGGAUGUGAUAGCUGAGCCCCUGGGAACUUACAGCUUCGACGGCGUCUGGAAAACCAGCUACACCACCUUCACCGUCAGCAAGUACUGGUGCUACCGGCUGCUCUCUGCCAUCCUGGGCAUCCCCCUGGCCGUCAUCUGGGGCUUCCUCUUCGCCCUCAUCUCCUUCUGCCACAUCUGGGCAGUGGUGCCCUGCAUCAAGAGCUACCUGAUCGAGAUCCAGUGCGUCAGCCGGAUCUACUCCCUGUGCAUCCACACCUUCUGUGACCCGCUCUUUGAGGCGCUCGCCAAGAUCUGCAGCAACAUCCGAGUGGCUGUCCGCAAGGAGAUUUAGGUCCCAGCAGCUGCCCCAGCAGCCCUCACACAACCCCCUCUGUGCAGGCUGCCUGCCCUCAGGCACACGGACAUCCCUGUGAGGGAUCUGCACACAGACACCUCUGUCCAGUGAGGGAUCUGCACACAGACACCUCUGUCCAGUGAGGGAUCUGCACAUGGACACCCCUGUCCAGUGAGGGAUCUGCACAUGGACA